AUGAUAGCUAAAUCUGUGGAGGUGUUAGUAAAUGGUGUAUUUGUUCCAACAAUUGAUCUUUUUUCUGAUCCUGAUUAUAUUAACCAAUAUAUAGCAUGGUUGUGUCAAAUUGAGUCAUUUACUAAAGAAAGUUUUUUAUCUGUGAUUAAAAGUAGUGAUUGUAUGGAUGAGUUGGAAGCUGUUAAAUUAAAAGUUGAGGGUGAUAUGGCAAAAUGGAGAGCCAAGGACGGUGGAGGACAUGAUGAUACGUUAGUGAAACAGAAUUUAAAUAGUUUAAGAUUUGUGAAAGAAACCUAUUUAAGUAGAAUAAAACGGCUACAAGAAGGUCCUGUAGAUAAUGAGCUAUUAACAGAGGAGUCUGAAUUUUUAAAGUGUAACAAUUUAUAUAUAUUAGAUCUACAUGAUGUAAUAGAUAAUAAUAUUGCUCUUCAAACAUUCAUUGAAUUCAUGACAAGUAAAGGUAGUCAGCAGAUUUUAUUCUUUUAUUUGAAUGUUGAGGGAUUUAGGACAGCAGCAGAACAACAGAUAUCUGAAGCCCUCAAGUCCAGUUCCAACAAAACACUAGAACCAGAUUUACAAUCAUUACGCAGGGCUGCUAUGAUAAUUUAUGAUCAGUAUUUAUCAGAGAAGGCCACUAUGAAAAUAAAACUGCCAUCAGAUUUGGUCAAAACCACAUUACAAAAUAUAAAGAAUAGAGUGUUAUCAGAAGAUGUUUUUGAUAAUGUGCAGACACGGGUAUAUCAGUUGUUGCACACACAGUAUUUUGAAGAAUUUCUACAGAGUAAUUACUAUGUGAAAUUGUUAGCUGAACUAGGCAUGUUGACUAACAGUAUAAGUGAGGAUGGGGAUGCUCUUAGUAUAGAUGAAGAUGGAGGUAUGUUAUUUAUAAUGCUGUUAAUAUUGAUGAAGUCAGAUGAUAUAAAUGACCCUAUGGACCAAUCUCCAGACACUAUGUCUUUAGAUUCUGUAAGCUCCACCUCUUCCUACGGUACACAAUCAGGUGAUGCUUACAUUGUCGCUCAAAUAUCUCAAACAGGGUUUGUGGAUAUUUUCUGUCCAGAAGAAAGGAGGAAAGCUCAUCUAGUCGUUUGUUUCGUGUGGAUGAAUUUGAAACGAUGGUACAAAUGCGUCUGGCCAGGUUGUAUGGAAGUGAUAUUUUGGUAUAUUUUGGGUGACAUGAAUCAAACUGAAGGUAUUGUUUAG